AUGCCUCUGUUAGCAAGAGCACCAGUCGAUUAUACUGAUUAUGGUGAAUUGAUAGAAACGAGUAAUAAUGUGAGUGUGAAGAAAAUUCCCCAAAGGUCGAAAAGUCAAUCGGAUGUGAACUAUUCUCCAAUUAACUCCCGAAAAAAACAAAGUGUAGAAAUUAAAAGACAGCUCAGCUUCAAUAUUCAAGGGUUGAAGCUAAAUAAAUUUCCUCGCUUAUAUCCUGAAAGAAGAUCACCUGAAGAAAUCAAGAGUAUCUUAGAACCAGGAUGA